GGCAGCCGAAGCACCUCGAGUCAGUCAGCCGCUCCCCUGUCUAUUCCCAUUUCAACGAGACUUGCUGGGGGUCAGCGUCAUUUGGGCCUUUGAGGAGCAGGUGCACUUUAUCCACCAGAGUGACCUGAAGGUGGGUGGAACCAGAAGGCCUGUUACCCCAGCAUUGUGGCCAACAGGUGGCUGGCCGUGCGUCUGGAGUGUGUGGGCAACUGGCAACUGCGUUGUCCUGUUUGCUGCCCUGCUUGCAGUGAUCUCCAGGCACAGCCUCAGCGCUGGCUUGGUGGGCCUCUCAGUGUCUUACUCAUUGCAGGUCACCGUGUACUUGAGCUGGCUGGUUCGGAUGUCAUCUGAGAUGGAAACCAACAUUGUGGCCAUGGAGAGACUCAAGGAGUAUUCAGAAACUGAGGAGGAGGUGAGGAAACUGAGACAGAAAAGUGAAGCUGCUUGUCCAAGAUCACAUGGCUGGUAAAUGGCAGACCUAGGCUUUGAGCCUGUGCCUCCUCGGAGACCCUCUCCAGUGCCAUGGGAGUUGUACUGCACUGCAUCCUGAGGAAAUGCCCCUUGGGAGAGAGACCAAGGCCUCUGGUUGGCAUCAUGGGGCGGACGGGAGCAGGGAAGUUGUCCCUGACCCUGGGCUUCUUUCAAUCAACGAGUCUGCUGGCGGAGCGAUCAUCAUCGAUGACAUCAACAUUGCCAAGAUCACCUCAUCCCCCAGGACCUUGUUUUUUGGGUUCCUUCUGCAUGAAGCUGGACCCAUUCAGCCAGUACUCAGAUGAAGUCUGGACGUCCCUGGAGCUGGCUCACCUGAAGGACUGCGUGUCAACCCUUCCCGAUAGGCUGGACCACGAGUGCGCAGAAGGUGGACAGAACCUCAGGCAGCGCCAGCUUGUGUGCCUGGCUCGGGCCCUGCUGAGCAAGAUGAAUAUCCUUGUGUUGGAUGAGGCCACGGCAGCCGUGGACCUGGAAAUGGGCGACCUCAUUCAGUCCACCAUCCAGACGCAGUUCAAAGGCUGCACUGUCUUCACCGUUGCCCACCGGCUCAUCAUCAUCAUGGACUACACAAGAGUGAUUGUGAGGAUUAAGAAAAUGAAGGUCUAGAAUUCUACUGGCACAUAGUAGGUGUUCAAGAAAGGUUUGGCCUAAACGUUUUCCCAUACAUAGUGAACUGUAAAUUAACUGGACUCCUACACAGACUGGAACCUACUCAUGUGUCAAUCACUGAAUUUCAGCCAAUAGAAGGCAGCCAACUGUUUAAACCAUGUUCAAAUAAAGCAAAUGCUGAGCUGCAACCA